AUGCGCAGUUUCACAUUUCGAUGGUACGGCUUUCCUCUUCCGCCGAGCACAUUGGCGAUCUCUACUAAUGGACACACGUCUUCUUGCAGGCCGGGCGAGGCGAACGAGGUGUUUGUCAGCGGCACCUUCGACGACUGGGGCAAGACGAUUCAAUUGGAAAAAAGAGGCGAUGUCUUUGAAAAGGAGGUCCAGCUUCCGAGCACAAAUGAAAAGAUACAAUACAAGUUUGUUGUCGACGGAAUCUGGCUCACCGACAGCGACGCUCGUCAAGAGAACGACGGAAAUAACAACAUAAACAACGUCCUCUUGCCUGAGGACUUGACCGCCGCCCCCAACACCGAUAAACCCGAGUUCCUUUCGCUGGCAGGAGGAAACACUGCUGCUGCUGUUAUGGCUGGCGUCACCCCCGAAUCCACCACCGCCCAGCUGGCGGGCGGUGUUGCAAAGGAGACCAAAGAUUCAGUCCCUGGUGGAUUCCCAGAGACGCCCAACGAAUUAUCCGUAAAUCCUAUUCCCGCAACCAAUGGCAUCGGAAAUCCGGUGAAGCUGAAUCCCGGAGACCCCCUUCCGGACCCCAGUACUCUUCACAGCAACACCGUGGAAUCGACCGUCAGGACAGAUAAGGAGGCCUAUGAAGCAGACGCAAGCAACCCUGUCAUUCCAAAUAAGGAAGACUUUAAGACGGCCGAUGCUCUCGAAGUGCCACCGCAGGGUGCUGGCCUCGUUCCUGAGUCCAGUCUGCCCCAGAACCCUCCUCAAACAACUGAGCCCGGCUUCACCAUCCAAUCCGCGCAUCCAACUUCAACCACGGCUGCGCUUGCGGCGCAAGUGCCUCUUGAAUCUCAGAAGGGCGCUGGCGCAGCCAAUGAUGUCCCGGAAGUUGUCCAACAGUCUCUUUCAAAGGCCCACGAAACCCCAGAAGCAGCCGCAAACGCAGAAGCUGUUGAGGAAAAGGUAAAUGUAGAGAAGGAACUCCAAGAUAAAGUCGCAGUUACAGAUGGCCCUGCCGCGGUGCCAGCUCCCGAGGUUCCCGGGGUCGUGAAGGACUCCCUAGAACAGGCGCAUCAAGACCCCGAGGCAGCAGCUAGCAAAGCUGUUGUUGGCGAAAAGAAAGAAGUUGAGCAAGAAUUGCAACAGAAAGUUCCUACAACCGACAAAGCAGGUGAGCCAGCACCCACGACCACCGCUGCCACCACAUCCACUGCUCCUGUUGCUGCUACUACCGACAACAAACCCAUCGAAUCGGCCGCUGUCUCGCCACAAAGCAAGCCUCCGCCGACCACUGCUGCGCAAGAACCCGCGACGACGACCCAGACUCAGCCCACAGUGACCACGGGUGUUGCUGCUGGGCAAUCAACCGCAGAAUCUAAACCGGUUGGUGGUGCUACUCAGGACAUCGCGAAGGAGAAGGAGAAAAAGAAGAAGAACCGCGCUAGUGGGUUUUUCCAAAAGUUGAAAGAGAAGCUCAAAUAG